UUCGCAGCCUAUAUAAGGAUCGAGACAUCGGGGAAUAAUCGGAAUCAUCGGUUCUUCACAGUUGCCUUAGUCCAAUUUACACUCUGCGUAGUUCCUCUAUCAAAAUUCUGUGUGCUUUGUGAUGGCGAAGUUGAAGAUUGCCGGCACAUGGGCAGGAGUGUUAGAGGUUGAACUCGAGACUUGGACGCUACCCAUGUUGAGGGAAGAAAUCGCCAAGCGAUCCAACUGCGGCGUAGACUCCAUCAAUUUGAUAUGUGCUGGAAAAAUUUUGAAAGACAGUGAUGGGCAAGAGAAAUUGAGCAAACUGGGUAUCAAAAAUAACGCCAAAAUUCUUGCGAGUCGUAUCAGUGCUGAAGAAGGCAGGGCUUUGAUGGCCGAGGAGGAGCGGACUCGCAGACUUUCCCGAGUCAAGACAGCUGCCACAGCACUCGCCAAAAGGCAUGCUGAUGGCUCAUUACCUAUGGAAGACUUCAACAUAGAAGUUGAAGAUCAAAGCGGGCAAAAAGUGCAGUUGGGUUCUGAGACGGAUCAGAGGGCAGUAAUGAUGGGACUGAUGCUUCAUGCAAACGGAAAACGUCUAAUCAGACAGAAAAACUACAAUGAUGCUUUAGAAGUGCUCUCUAUGGGCGAGCAGGAGGCAUUCUCUCUUUGUGAUCCAAAGGUCAUUGAGCUUGUUGACAAUGUUCCAAUACUGCAAAUAGACAUGGUCUGGUGCUACUUUAUGAUCCGAGACAUCAGAUGGCUAUCAGAGGCUGGAAAGCGUCUUGAAAUGGCUAGGACUGGAAUUGAGCGUGCUCAUGGAAAGAAUUCCCAGCGCCUUAGACUUCUACAGGGAGGUCGCUAUCCUGAACUUGCAUUGCAUUUGCGACUAGAGCUACUUGAAGGGGUGGUGGCUUAUCAUAGUGGUAAGCUGGAUAAAGCAAGAGAUGCAUUGACUUCUGCAAAAGCAAAAUUCACCCAGCUGCAAGUGCCAGAUGAAGCCUUGUCAUUUCUUAUGAACAUGGGAUUCAAAGAGCGUGACAUAAAGAGAGCACUAAGGAUGAACAAUCAAGAUGUGGGAGGUGCCAUUGAUUUUCUUGAGGAGGAGAAGGCAAAGAAAUGGCAAAAACGGGAAGAAGACAUAAGGAGAAGGAAUGAAAUCAGGGAACAGAAGCGUUAUGGGUUGACACCCUUAAAGAAAGCUGUGGAUCUGCAGAAGUUGAAGGAUUUGGUCUCUCUGGGAUUUGAGAAGGAACUUGCUGCUGAAGCCCUUCGAAGAAAUGAAAAUGAUUUUGACAAGGCAUUGAAUGAUUUGACAAAUCCAGAAACUAAUUCUGCCAUACAGGUUCACAUCGAGACAAGGAAAACAAAACGGCUGAAGCAAGCAAAAGAGUCUCAAAUUGAAAAUUUUGUCCGCAUGGGGUUUGAAAGAUCAAGAGUGGUAUCUGCCGUCGAGGCUGGUGGCACUUUGGAUCAAAUAAUGCAAACACUGACUGCGCAACCCGAGGAAAACAUGCAAAUCGAAGCAAGUUCAACUGCGAACACUGCAAGUUCUGCUCCCUCGUCAGAUAACAUGGAUUCUAACGUUCCAGGCCUAUCCGAGGAUGUUGAAGGUCUAUCAGAAGAUUUCAGCAAAGCAGAGGAGCGGGAUGUGGAAAUGGAAGAUGAGCUUUCUGCAGAUAUAGCAAAAGCUGACGCGUUGGCUGACUAUGAUAUCGAAGUUAAUAUAGAAGGGGAAGCCAUAACAGAAUAUCUGUCUCUGUUGGAGUCAGCAGGCAGCAGCAGUGGGCAAAAGUUGCCUUCUCAGUAAGAAGAUGGCUAUGAAGAAUAAUUCUUGUAGAUAUAAGAUGGGUUAAAUAUGCGUCUCUCUCUUUCUUGUAGGGACAAUGUCAUCUUUAUGUGGUUCCAAUUAACUUGCUUUAUGGGGAUGCUUCAUCUGAAAAAAAAUGAAUAUUUGGGGAUGCAUGGAACUUAAAUUUUCGGUGAUAAUAUAACUUUAACUAUACUCCCCCUUGCCACCUUCUCCGAGGAGCAGUGUAGUUUGACAAUGGCUUUAAUUUCAAAUAUGAUUACAAGUAAGAUAUUAUGGUAUA